ACCAUGUUGAAUCGAUGUUUUGAUCUGGGGGCUUUUUUUUGACUGUUACUUUGGGUUCAUUUGUUAAAAAAAAAAGACUUUCCUCCAAUAAGCCGACAGCAGAUUUAUACUCAGGAAAACAAUGAAGCUCACGGACAUUAAAAGGUUAAAAGUUGCCGAGUUGCGCUCCAGACUUAAAGAACUUAAUUUGGACUGCAUGGGGCUAAAGGCUGAGCUGGUGGGUCGGCUGUGGUCGGCACUGGAAGCGGGUCAAAGUGGGAAAGACGUCGAAGGAAACCCAAAACUACAAAAUGAUAACUUUACCGAACCUUUCACAGAGACGGUUCACGCUUCACCGACAGAAACUGAGGUUAGUGAACCUGAAGGUGUCAGAAAGUACACGGACUCUGCCACACAAACAGAGGCUGAUGCUGGGAGACCAACACCACAACCAGGCUCCGAGUUUAUCUCCGAGUGUUUACCAGAGAACCAAGAAGAGGAAGGAGCUGACCGGGGAGAGGACCGAGGAGAGGACCGAGGAGAUGACCGGGGAGCUGACCGAGGAGAUGACCGGGGAGCUGACCGAGGAGAUGACCGAGGAGCUGACCGGGGAGAUGACCGAGGAGAGGACCGAGGAGCUGACCGGGGAGAUGACCGGGGAGCUCAGUCACCAGAGGAGGGGAGGAGAGGAAGAGCUUUCUACGAGUUCAAAGAGGAGAUACGAUACAAAAGAGCCAAGUCACCACAACCUCCAGUUGACAGAGACCAGGCAAAGGAGGAAGAUGAAAAUAAAGUCAGUCUAGAUGUGGGUCACCUCCACUUUGAGGCGAGUCCUGAUGGUUCGUGCGGCCAGCCUCGCUUCUGGGAACGAUUCCCUUUGCUGUGGUCCGGCUGCAGGCUCACACACGGGGUUCUGCAAGGCAGGGUGGGCUUUGAGGUGAGACUGGAGAGAAAGUUGUUGACGACUGAGCUGGAAAAACAUGCAGGCAUGGACCUGUACGGCCUGAGAGUUGGUUGGUCGUUGGCUAACGGCUCUCUGCUCCUGGGUGAAGAUGAAGUGUCUUUCGCUUAUGACGGGCGCGGUAAAAAAGUUUCAGGUGGGAAGGAGGAAGACUUUGGAGAACAAUUCUCAGAGGGAGAUAUCAUUGGUUGUUACGCUUUAUUUUCCACAGGUGGUGCUGUUGAGCUCUCCUUCCAUAAGAACGGUCGAUUCCUGGGUGUAGCCUUUUGCCUGGGUGCCUCUGUGCUGUUGGGGGGUGCUCUGUUCCCGCACGUCCUCUGCAAGAGCUGUUCAUUCAGACUCAACCUUGACCCCACAGCUCCUCCCUGGUACCCCGGCCCUCCUGGGUUUACACCGCUGGCGGCUCUUUCUGCUGAGCAGAGAGUGCGUGCCACGUUGGCUCCUACUGUCAGGGCACAGUGUGAGGUGUUGCUAAUGGUGGGUCUUCCUGGCUCAGGGAAGAGUUGCUGGGCUCGCUCUCACAUGAAGCAUCAUCCGAAGAAGUACUCACUUCUGGGCACAGAGGAGCUGCUGGCUUGUAUGAUUAGUGGUGGACAGAAGGACAGCAAGCUGCAGCAGGCCUCUCAGUGUCUCACUGAAUUGAUCAAAAUGGCCGCUCAGACUCCUGGCAACUACAUCCUCGACCAGUGCAACAUCCUCUUCUCUGCACGCCGUCACAAGCUGCAGCUGUUUGCAGGCUUCAGGCGCAGAGUGUUGGUGGUCUUUCCCUCAGCAGAAGAGUGGAGAAGACGACUGUGCCAGCAGCAAACGAGUGACGGGGAGCAGAUACCAGACACCUCUCUGCUCAAACUGCAAGCGAGCUGCAGUCUUCCAGAGCAGCGCAGUGAGCUGGUGGACGAGCUGCUGUAUGUGGAGCUGCCUCAGGACCAGGCGCAGACACUCCUGCAGAAAUAUAAAGAGGAAGCACACAGACUGCUGCCCCCUAUCACCAAACAAGAGAAGAAGAAACCCCGACUUCACAAGAGAAGACCCUAUCCUCCCAGUCCUCCACCCUCACACAGGAUCCAGUGGACUGGACAUUAUGGGUUGAACAACAUGAACCUGCAGCUUUGGAGGCAGCAGCCAACAUACUGGAAUGUAGGGCAUUUGAAUCAGAGCUUCUACUACUGAGACUUUGGCAUGAGCGGCUAUGAAGGCUACCGAUGAAGAAACCUGGAGCGAGAAGAUAACAGCUGCACUGUUUGUUUUUACAAUAGAAAAACAUUUGAAUAAUACCAUCUAUUUUAAAUUAAAGAGAUAACCACAGUUCAUCAACAUGUAAUGUUACAAAGAGAUAAUCAGUCUUUUUUUUAAAUUAAAUAAUGUUUACAAUUUAAAAUAAAGUCACUUUUGGAAUUGUAUUUAAAAUAUGCUCUCACAUUUCCUGUACAGAGUGUAAAUGGUAUAAAUAGUAUUUCCAGUAUUGGUCAGUGUGCUAUUUAGCAAAGACUAAUAAAUACCUGAACUUGAA